AUGAGCUCGGUGUUAUCCCAGUCUCAGACAAGCUGGCCAGCCAAAAACUUUGUUGUGUACCUUCCUGGAGGCUCUGACUCCACAAUUGCUGGCGUCCGGCUUGUGCUUGGCCCGCGCUCGGCGGUAGACUCUGCGCUCUCCCACCUGGAUCCCCAGCCGGGACCCUCUAACGUGUGUGUCCGAUUCGAAAGAAUACACUUUCAUCUCGACCAAUGGUCUGUGCACAUCACAGGACCACCACAGAGGGUGUCCGAGACGUAUCGAUUGGUAAGUUUGCCUAUUUUUGCUGCUAACAAGAUCAUCUCCCUGUUUCCAAAAGACCCCCUAAUUUUAUGGUCCAAGUUCAGCCAGCCGCCAGAAUUGGGGGUCCUGGUCAACAGCCACUACGCGUUUGGUGAUAUGUACCAACUAAACAGAAAUUCAGAGCCUCCGCUAGCGGAAAUGAGCAGAAAGAGUGCUGAUCUGAGACCCCCAACAAGAAUUGGCUAUCUGCAGGAAAAUAAAGUUCUGACGGAGAGGAACGCCCUGCCUGUCGCUUUCUCUGCUAAGCAGAACGUGGCAGUAAAAAGACAGUACCGCAUGACACGCAAGGAGAUAGGAUCUCUGAUUGGGAAGAAAGGUAGGGAUAUCGAGCGGAUCCGAGAACAGACGACAGCGAAAAUCAAAAUACACGACACGGCCGACACAGAGAACGUGGGUAUAGUCCCGGGAAUCAACCAGACGCAGCUGCUGGAAAUUAUCGGACUCAAAGAAGAAGUGAAGGAGGCCGAGCAGCUGAUCCAAAAGAAAAUCAGCCAGUGGCGUGCUACCAAAAGUUGA